AAAAUGGAAGAAUAUGUGAAUGUUAAGCAAGAGAAUCAGGAUGAGGAUGAGUAUGUUGACGAUAUUCUGUUAGUCAUGAGCCAGGAUAAAUUAAAAUAAAAUCCGUGAUCCAUUUAUACUCGACUCAUCCCCUCUACACAGGAAGAUCUCACAGGCGCUUGGUCAGAUAAACAACUUAAAUGCUGAAGAAGAACGCACUUGGACGCAACUUUCUGAGAAUGUCAAGGCUCUAAUGUCUCUACUAGAGUUCAAGAUCAACACUUUGAAUAAAUCUCUGAGUAAAAUCAGCAACCAGCAAUACAGGAUGGAAUAUGCAGAAAAUUUACAGAAAAGGAAGGAAAUAGAGCCCAAACAGGAGGAACAAGACGAUGGCAACUUCUCAUGGAACAAGCUCUGGAAAAAGAUUGAUACUGUCGGGUCAAAGACACUCCAGAAAUCUGAGAGUACUCUUAAAGAUGUCAACUCUGUAUUUGCAGAAUUUUCAGAGUUGCACAUGAGUUAUGAAACUGCUACCUGCAAACAAUUCGGUAUGACAAAACCUCGUAGUAAGGAUACUAAGUCUGAAGGCAAUAUCAAGCAAGAGGAACCCAUACAGCCUUCUUCGCAAGAUGUUGAAGACGGCAAAAACAUGAAAAAUGAAGUUAAAUCUGAGGAUGAAGAUUCUUUUCUAGAUGAUCUCCUAACUGACCCUGAUGAGUUUAACAAGUUAAAACUCAAAAUUAAGAGGCCAUGAAUCAACAUGCUCAAAUUUACUAAAACUCAGGGGCAUAUCUCAAGAGAUCUGGACAGAUUUAUAACUAAAAGAGUUGAAAAAGAUCAAGAAUAUACUGAAAUAAACGAAAAUUUGAUAAAAUCUGAAGGAUUUGACUUUAACACAACGCAGAUGCUCAAUAAUUCUCAGGAUUAUGACAUGGAAAUGGAGCCAGCCCUUCCUCUGAAGAGGAGAGCUGUCAGUAAGAUCCAGUCACAGAUUGAGAAAUUACAAAGAAAGCCAGCUAUAAAAGCUAAGAAACGUGUUGUAAAGGAAUAUGAAAGAAUUUGAGUGAGGAACUACAAGAUUUUUAAUAAUAAAGCAGAUUCAAAUAGAAAAAUUGAUGAACUGAUUAACGAAAGCAUAUCAAUUGCUAGAACCCAGAGAAACCUGAAGCAUCAGACAAGCAUAGAGAUCUCUCAUAAGAAGUUAGUCACUUUAAAAUAAGAACUUGAACAAAGAAAGGAGUGAAUUUUUACGAAUUUAUUCACAAAAACUGAUAAGUUCACACAGAAAUCUGAGAAUCUUACUAAAGAACUCUCAUGAGUUCAUUAUACCCGACCUACGAGGGAUUAAAGAUGAGUACAACUCUGAUGCGAAUUAUGACUUUGAGAUAAACUCUUCUGAUGGACUUGAUUCACUUCAAGGGAGCUGAGUAAUGUUUGACCCACAAGAAGACCUCCAAAAUGAAGAUAUUCACUUAGAUUUAUACAAAAUAAAAGCUGAAAUUGGCUCUGACCCCUCUGCAGGACUGCACAAAAGCAAGAUAGAACCUAUGGAGAGCAAUAAUGUUAUAGAAUUAGACUCUUGCUCUGACAAGGGAUCUCAAGAACAACUUUCUAAGGACCGGAAGACAUUAAGAGGUAAGAAAAGAGUCAAAGAAGAGCUAGAAGACCCCUCUGAUGACUCAAAGAAUGACAUCAACAACGAUAAUGACUUUGAUUAUUGAUUCGAUGGCCAGAAAGGAAUCGAGAAGUUACCUAUUUCAAGGACUAUUGAUCUUAAGAAGGUUAAAUAAAAUUAUUGCAAAAAAUGUAGUAUUAGAAAUUAAGAAAAAAUCUUUUAAAAGAAUCAAGACAGAAUGUGAGGAAGAAGUCAACAAAAAGAAUGUUCCUUCUCAGAUGUUUGGCCAGAUUUUCAAGAACAUGAGGAAGAAGAACCCUUCCCUAUCGAUCCAAUCAUUUUUCAUUGCAAGUCUUCACUCGAUAAAGGAAACUGAUAUUGCUCUGAAGAACGUUGAAGGUGAUGCACAGCUCGACUUUAUUGUUAAUGAAAAAUAA